AUGAAAGGUGUUUCAAAGCACUUGCGAACAGCUUACUCGCUUUGUUGUUCAUAUCGUCGCUCGUCAUCUCUUGCAGCGCCACGCAGCGUGCCCGCAGAAACUUGGUCACUACUAAAUGAUUUCGCCAACCAAAGAGACCUUCCCAGAGCCAUGCAUGCUUUGGAUGCCAUGGAAAGACGUGGGGUCUUUGCCGAUGCUAUCACGUAUUCUGAGCUCAUCAAGUGUUGUUUGGCUCAUGGGGCUGUCAGGGAAGGGAAGCGCGUUCAUCAACACAUAUUCUCAAAUGGGUACCAGCCAAAAACGUUCUUGAUCAACACUCUCCUCAAUAUGUAUGUGAAAUUCAACCUCUUGGAAGAAGCACAGAUACUGUUUGAUAAAAUGCCUGAACGAAAUGUUAUUUCGUGGACAACUAUGAUAUCUGCUUACUCUUCUGCUAAGCUCAAUGAUAGGGCUAUGAAGUUUUUGAUUCUUAUGCUUAGGGAAGGUGUCAUGCCUAACAUGUUUACUUUCUCUUCUGUUCUGAGAGCCUGUGAGAUGUUAUCUGAUCUCAAACAGCUCCAUUCUAGCAUAAUGAAAGUGGGGUUGGAGUCUGAUGUCUUUGUCCGGAGUGCGCUUAUCGAUGUUUACUCCAAAUUGGGUGAGUUGUUGGAAGCUCUAAAUGUUUUUCGUGAGAUGGUGACUGGAGACUCUGUUGUUUGGAACUCCAUUAUUGCUGCUUUUGCUCAGCACAGUGAUGGGGAUGAAGCUUUAAACCUCUACAAGAGCAUGAGGAGAACAGGCUUUCCAGCCGAUCAGUCAACACUUACGAGUGUUCUGAGAGCUUGUACUAGUUUGUCAUUGUUAGAGUUAGGGAGGCAGGUUCAUGUUCAUGUGCUGAAGUUUGACCAAGAUCUUAUCCUUAACAAUGCACUUUUAGAUAUGUAUUGUAAGUGUGGUAGUUUGGAAGAUGCAAAGUUCAUUUUCAAUCGGAUGGCCGAUAAGGAUGUAAUCUCCUGGAGCACCAUGAUUGCUGGGUUAGCCCAAAAUGGUUUCAGCAUGGAGGCACUCAAUUUAUUUGAUUCCAUGAAAGUCCUGGGGCCAAAACCAAACUACAUCACAAUUCUUGGGGUUCUAUUUGCUUGUAGUCAUGCAGGGCUAGUAAAUGAAGGUUGGUGUUAUUUUCGGUCCAUGAAGAAACUUUAUGGGAUAGAUCCUGGAAGAGAACACUAUGGCUGCAUGCUUGAUCUUCUUGGAAGAUCUGGGAAGCUUGAUGACAUGGUUAAGUUAAUUCAUGAAAUGAAUUGUGAGCCCGAUAUUGUGACGUGGAGGACUUUGCUUGAUUCAUGCAGGGCCCAUCAGAAUUUGGAUUUAGCCACAUAUGCUGCUAAGGAGAUUCUAAAGUUGGAUCCACAGGACAUAGGAGCCUAUGUAUUGUUAUCUAAUAUUUAUGCAAAUUCUAAAAGGUGGAAUGAUGUUGCAGAAGUUCGGAGGACUAUGAAGGUAAGAGGCUUAAGGAAAGAACCAGGAUGUAGCUGGAUUGAAGUCAAUAAGCAAAUACAUGCUUUUAUUUUAGGAGAUAAAUCACAUCCUCAAAUGGAUGAGAUCAAUAGACAGUUGAACCAUUAUAUUUGUAAACUAGCUGAUGCUGGUUAUGUGCCUGACACAAAUUUUGUACUACAAGAUCUAGAAGGGGAACAGAGAGAAGACUCCCUUCGAUACCACAGUGAGAAACUGGCAAUUGUUUUUGGUAUCAUAAGCUUUCCAAGGGAGAAAACUAUUAGAAUAUGGAAGAACCUAAGGAUCUGUGGAGAUUGUCAUAUAUUCGCAAAACUUAUAGCAAAGUUAGAGCAGCGACACAUUGUAAUUAGAGACCCUAUCCGGUACCAUCAUUUCCGAGAUGGGGUCUGCUCAUGUGGUGACUAUUGGUAGCAGAUGAGAGGCAUAUAAGAUCAAGACUGAAUCUAUUAUUGCCAUUGGGCUCAAGGUAGCAUUGUUAAACCUACAAUCAGCUAAUAUUUAUAGGAGAAUAAAGCUUACAGCAGUGGCAUUACUGUUAGUUAAUAUGUCAAUCACUCGGCAGCUUUGGAAUUGGUUUUUCCAAUUUCCAAAGAGGGUUUGGAAGGGAUUUGGAAGAAGAUGAUAAAAUAGGUGGAUGCAAUACUAUAUUUCAAUCCUUAUGUUGGAGAAAUGGAUGAGGUUUCGUCUACAGCCUGUCAACCACUCCUUUCCCUCAUCGAGCAGGGAACCUUUGGAAGGUCCAAUACCAAGCAAAUUGGAAUCAACCAUGGAAAGAGGUAGCAGAUCACUACAUAAACUUGACAAGAAAACUUCAUAAAUUCAUGACUUCUUUUGUCUCCAAGAACCUUAGAGAGGCUUUCUUAAAUUA